AUGGCGGUGUCAAUAACUCGUGCUACUCCAGCAGAUGCUCCGAUUUUUAUGAGUAUGGUUAGAGAGCUCGCCGAGUUCGAGAAAAUGCCCGAACAUGUCAAGAUCGAUGAUGCACAAUUGGCAGCCGAUCUUGAGAAAAAAGCUGUUGAUGGCUUUUUAUUGCGUGAAGAGGGUGAACCAGCGGCAAUAAUUCUCUUCUAUUAUGCUUAUUCCACCUGGACUGGUCAGUACAUCCAUAUGGAGGAUAUCUACGUGCGACCACCUUUUCGUCGAAAGGGAUACGGUCGACUGCUGUGGCAGGAGUUGGGAAAAUUAGCCAAGGAAAUGCGUGUGGAACGACUACAGUGGAAUGUGCUCGACUGGAAUUCUAAUGCAAUUGCUUUCUAUGAAACAUUACCAUGCGAAAACCUAACAAAGACGGAAGGAUGGUUACUGUAUCGACUAAACACCGAUGGAAUAGCUGCUUUAGCGGAAAAUAAACCUACUUCGCGACAGUAG